CGGAGCGGCGCGGCGCGACGGGCGGGGGCGGCCCCGGCGGCGCCGCUGGGACGUCUCGCAAGAUGGCGGCGCCCCUGGACAUGGAGCCGGCGGCCCUGAGCCUGGAGCUGCUGCCCACCGACCCGCUGCUGCUGAUCCUCAGCUUUCUCGACUACCGCGACCUGAUGAGUUGCUGCUAUUUAAGUCGGAGAUUAAAUCAGCUCUCAAGCCAUGAUCCAUUGUGGAAAAGACACUGCAAGAAAUACUGGCUUAUUUCAGAAGCAGAAAAAAGUCAGCGAAAUCAGAGCUGGAAAGCUAUCUUCAUCAGCACCUACUCUGAUCUAGGAAGAUAUAUCCAGUAUUAUGCUACAUUGAAAAAAGCCUGGGAUGACCUAGAGAAAUACUUGGGACAGCGGUGUCCUCGGAUGAUUGGUUCUUUGAAAGAGAGUGUGCGGGAGGAAGAUCUAGAUGCUGUGGAAGCACAGAUAGGCUGCAAACUCCCUGAUGACUACCGAUGUUCAUUUCGUAUUCACAAUGGACAGAAGCUAGUUGUUCCCGGUUUGAUGGGAAGUAUGGCGCUGUCAAACCACUACCGCUCUGAAGACCUGUUGGAUAUUGACACAGCUGCUGGAGGUUUUCAACAGAGGCUAGGUCUGAAACAAUGCCUUCCACUUACGUUUUGCAUUCACACUGGCCUGAGUCAGUACAUGGCCCUGGAGAGUGUGGAAGGACGAAAUAAAUACGAGAUCUUCUAUCAAUGUCCAGACCAAAUGGCUCGCAACCCGUCUGCUAUUGAUAUGUUCAUUACAGGUACAUCUUACUUGGAAUGGUUUACAUCCUACGUAAACAAGGUUGUAACUGGUGGUUAUCCUAUCAUCAGAGAUCAGAUUUUCAGGUAUGUCCAUGAUAAAGAAUGUGUUGCUACCACAGGAGAUAUUACUGUUUCUGUGUCCACGUCUUUUCUACCUGAACUCAGUUCUGUACAUCCACCGCACUAUUUCUUCACUUACAGAAUCAGAAUUGAAAUGUCCAAAGAUGCUCUUCCUGAGAAGGCUUGUCAGCUGGACAGUCGAUACUGGAGAAUAACAAAUGCCAAAGGUGAUGUAGAAGAAGUUCAGGGUCCUGGAGUAGUUGGGGAGUUUCCAAUAAUCAGUCCAGGGAGAGUCUAUGAAUAUACCAGCUGUACCACUUUUUCCACGACAUCUGGAUAUAUGGAGGGGUAUUACACCUUCCACUGCCUCUACUACAAGGACAAAUUCUUUAAUGUUACAAUUCCCAGAUUUCAUAUGGUGUGUCCAACAUUCAAGGUGUCUACAGCACGAAUGGAAACAAAUCAUAAUGAAUAUGCAGUGGAUGAAGAUGAAGAUUCCACAGACACUGAUGAAUAUGAAGAUCGACGUAGAGUGUUGGACAUUCCUGCACCUUCUGGACGCUGCCCACAUCAUACCUGAUGGGAUUUUGUUUGCUUCAAAACUGUUUUCAGAAGCUGAACUCUUUGGGACUAGUGCAUAAGAAUAUUUCUGACUAUUGUAAAUGAACUUUCUGUUGCACAUCAGGGCAACUAGCAUGAAUGUUGGUGCCAGCUCUAAUAUUCAUCAGAAUAUAAAUUCUUUUUUUUCCCUGGCUUGGAAGUGGGGGGGAAAGGAGGGAGGGAGAGGAAGAGAAAGAUGUUUAGGUUUUGUUCACUUCUUUCCAAAGUGCAAAACAGCUUGAUAGUCUGAGGAAAUCAUAUCUUACAGUUUUAAACUAUUGCCUAUUUAUGAUCAUAUUACAAAUGCGGUGUGGGGAUUUGUUUUUAUACAAACACUUAAAAUUAGCAAUAGACAAGAUGGCAAAAAAGGUGUGUACUAUUGUCCUUUCUCAUGAGUUUCUACUGUUGAUAAUUUCUGCGAGGAAUGAAAUUUGCAGGUUGGUCAAUGUAUCCCAUUUGGGUUAGAUCAGGUGCUCUUAUGCUCUUUUUAUUAACAUAUAAGUACCAGAAAAUUCUGGUACUUAUCAGAUGCAUAAAUUUGGAAUGAAACUGGCCUUAUUUUUGGACAAUCUGUCUUUCAGCUUAAUUUUAUGCUAAGUGACUCUGAUUGAAUAAUGCCUUUUUGGAAUGUCGUGUAAAUGCAUAAUCUGCCACUCGAUAACAAAGAAAUUUCUCAAUGACUACAAAGUAUGAAUUUGUAAAUAAGUUUAGAGUUUUUCUUUAUAUGAUGUUUGCUGUUCAGACUUUGUCAUAGGUGACAACUUAUGUUGAAGUAUCAUGUCUCCCUAAAUCCUCUAUGGGUUUUUGCAACUAUGCAUGAAUCCAAAAAAAAAAAAAAGAGCCUGACAGAACACUAGAUGACUAGAAACUUUAUAUUUAAAGAAGUAUCUGUUUGCUUUAUCACUUAUUUUGUUUCCACUGUCAUUAAUAAACAACUUAACUGCC